AUGACAACGCAAUAUUCUGUUGAAGUAGCUAAUGCUCCAACUAUUCCAGGUGAAGGGAAACCCCGUCGCAAUGCUCUUUUGCCGGACAGGUUGAUUUCUCAUCCACCAGGCGUUACUACUUUGUGGGAAAACUUUUUACGAGGAGUUAGACUAUCCGAGGGCGGUAAUUUUUUGGGCACACGCCGAAUCGAAGACGGUGUUGCCAAGGAGUACGUAUGGCAAACCUACCCAGAAGUUCAGAAGCGCAUACAAAAUUUAGGGUCUGGUUUGAGAAAACUCGGUCUACAGCCUUACAAACCUCUCGGUUUCUUUCUUAUUAACUGCGCCGAAUGGACUAUUGCCGAAAUUGCAUGCUACCAAUACUCGUUCAUAACAGUUCCGCUCUACGAUACUCUCGGAGUAGACGCCAUUGAGUAUAUAAUUAACCAGACGGAGAUGGAGUACAUUGUCGCAUCCCAGAACAAGGUCCAGAUAAUUCUCGAUAACAAACAGAGACUUCCGCAUCUCAAACAUAUAGUGGUAACCGAUGGAAUACCCGAUGGCAUGAUUGAUGCGGCUGCCAAAGUCAAUCUGCAGUUACAUGAAUUUACCCAGGUCGAGAAGAAUGGUGCUACUGAUGUGUGUGACGCAGUUCAUCCGAAACCCGAAGAUAUUGCCAUCAUCUGUUAUACGUCAGGCACAACGGGUACUCCCAAGGGUGCUAUACUGACUCAUAGUAAUCUCGCAGCCACUGUUGGCGGUAUGGUAUAUCUUGCCGAUAAGAAAAGUAUGUUUAUUCCUACAAAAGAUGAUAUCCAUAUCUCAUACUUGCCACUCGCUCACGUCAUGGAAAGAUGCGAUGAGGUUGUUGUCAUCUACAGUGGUGGGAAGAUUGGGUAUUACCAAGGAGAUACACUUAAAUUAUUAGACGAUAUUGCAGAACUGAAACCCACCGUGUUCGUUUCCGUACCCAGACUGUUUAACCGUGUUUAUGACAAAGUUAUGGCUGGCGUAAAGGCUAAAGGCGGCAUUGCACAAACCCUAUUUCAUAUGGCCUAUAAUCAGAAGAAGGCUUUGCUUUCCAGAGGUAUUAUCAACCAUUGGCUUUGGGAUCGCAUUGUAUUUGCGCCUAUUCGCGCUCGGUUAGGUGGGCGGGUCAAGAACAUGUUAUCCGGAUCGGCGCCUAUCCAAGCCGACGUGCUGGAUUUCUUGAAGAUUUGUUUUUCGGCCAAUGUCUAUGAAGGAUACGGAUCAACUGAGAAUACUGCUGGCGCUUCUAUAACGGUAUAUGGAGAUAUGUCAUCGGGACAUGUUGGUGCUCCACAACUGUGCAAUGAAAUAAAACUUGUCGAUGUUCCCUCGAUGGAUUACACUAGCCAAGACAAGCCAUUCCCACGUGGCGAGAUCUGCGUGCGUGGUAAUGCUGUGUUUAAAGGAUAUUACAAAUUACCCGAGAAAACAGAAGAGGCACUCGACAAGGAUGGUUGGUUCCAUACUGGUGAUAUUGGUAUGUGGGACGACCAGGGUCAUCUAAAAAUUAUCGAUCGUGUCAAGAAUAUAUUCAAAUUGGCACAAGGAGAGUAUAUUGCACCAGAGAAGAUCGAGAUCGUGUAUCAGAAACAUGAGCUGGUCGCCCAAGCUUUCGUACAUGGUGAAUCCCUUCAAGCCUCGUUGGUCGGAAUCAUUGUUCCUGACGAGGAACAACUCCUCAUCUGGGCCAAGAAGAAUGGUCAUGAAGGCAAAUCAUUCGAAGAACUCUGUAAAUCACCAGAAGUCAACACGUACAUCCUGCAGGCCCUAACUAAAUUCGGUAAACAGAACGAUCUCAAAGGUUUUGAGAACGUAAAGAAGAUUUAUCUCUGCUCGGAACCCUUUAGUGUUCAAAACGAUCUCUUUACACCAACUUUCAAGCUCAAACGUCACCAAGCAAAGCAACGUUUCCAAUCGCAGAUUAAUGCAAUGUACGCUGAGCUUCAAUGA